CUUCGUCUUAGAAUCUGUUGGUGGUCUUGCCCGAGACGCAAGAACCACUAAUCGUCCAGACGGAGUCCCUUUCCCUCUAGUCGUUUUGCAGUUUGGUGCGGGUUGGGCGGAUUGGAGUCCCUUGCAAUUCGUCGGAACGCGCAGCACGGUAGCGGAGAUGGCUGUCGGCGCGGAUCAUUGCUUAGUACGCACGGCAGCUGGUUGGGUUUACACGUGGGGCUCAAAUAAAGCUGGACAGCUUGGUGUACGCGUCACCGCGACCACGCAGAAGGAGGUCCGGGAACCGUACCCAUUGGAGCUGCCCGCGCGUUGCGUCUCCGUUGCGGCUCACGGGGAUGGAUCUGGUUUAGUGCUGGAAGACGGGGUCGCUGGAGUUUUUGGGCAAGCGCCACCCAUUGUAAAUGCUAAACAGACAGAUCUGAAGAAGGUCAAACCGUCAGUGGCGAAAAGUGGAGGUAGAGCGUUGAACAACGCGAAAGAAAACCCUGAAGAUGACGUGGUUGAUAAGCCACCGAUUCUUGCGCCGGAGCAGGCAUGGAAGGUAAGAGGUACUUACGUAGCAGGGGCAGGGGUGAAUUCCACUGAUAAUCAGAAUUUAUCUCGUACUCGUUCACCGGCAGCUAUGCAUAUCUAUCAUGGAUAUGCAUAUGCUUCAUCGACAAAUGAAAUCGAAGAAUAUCGUUAUCGGCAACGUAUAUUUAUAAAAUAUUAUACUACGUGACUUUGUGAUCACACCAAAUAAUGAUGACAGGUCCGAUACUUUCGCACUGCUGCGGAACCGUCUGUCAUUGGAGUGCCCUUGGUACCUAAAGAGCAGUCCUCGGUUCCGGAGAUGCAUCGGAUUGCGUUAUCUGGUAACUUUGGGAUUCUCUUAUCGGUCUUCGGCGACGUUUAUUCCUUUGGGUCAGCCACUCUUGGGCAACUGGGACUAGGGUUUCAUACGCGACAAGCAUCACGGCCAACCAUGAUCUUGAAAGGCUCAGGUUUUCGCAACGCCGACCAGGUCUUUCCACCGGUUCGACAUCUCGACGUUUCACCGACGCACUGCCUCGCCAUUACGGCAGACAACGAACUAGCACUAUGGGGUCAAGCGCUCGUUUCGGACGUGUCCGACAGGCCUCCCGAGGCCGAAGAUGAUGCCGCUCGUGAAGCAAUAAAUGCAAACGCAUCUUCUGCUUCGCAACAACACGACUCUGGGCAGAGUCUUCUCUCUGUCUUCAGAAGCAGCCAACAGGGUCAGAGGCAAAGCAAGCAACACGCUUCUCUCCGCAGUGGCGGACGAAGUAGAGCUCCGCAGAUGCCAUUACGAAGGGGGAUCGCAUUUCCUGUUGCAGUGUGUCACGAUUUGUGGACCGCUCCUCGCGGUACCACUGCAGCAUCCGUCAUCACUGGAAAACCAUUGGAAGGCGAUGCCGAUACGAAGAGCAAAGAUGUAGGUGACAAUUCCGGAAACAUAGCGAACACCGCACUGAGGACGAGGACAACUCCAGGUACUAGCGGAGGCGGUACUAGAGCAGAUAGAAGUCAACCGCCGCAUUUGGAACAGCAGCUCCUACUUGGCUGUUGCUGUGGAACGCAAGGAGGAGUCGUUUACACAAGAACGCACGUGUUGGCCUUUCGCAGAUUCACGAUAUUCUCAGAGGAAGACGGGUUGGACCCAUUUCAUGCUCGUCAUCCGCCACCUAGACCUAGUCCUGCGAGCACAUGGCUUGCGCCGGCUGAUCUAAGCUACAUUGCCGGCUAUUCUCAGGUGGCACAGGUCGAAAAGCUGUUCGCGUCGUAUUCGAGUCAAGAGUGGCUUUGGGCGGUGUGCAUCAAAACAGCCGGACCAGGGAAACCUGAUCCAGCUGCAGAUCCUGGUGCAGUUUCCGAGCAUGAGUACCAGGAUUCCUAGAUCAAACGAUAUUAAAGCUUCAAACGCGAAAUGUUUUUGCACUUUGCGCUUGGUGAGCUUGGUAACAUGUUUUGAGAAAAGUACAUUAGUUGUUUUUUGUUGACCGAGCUGCUAUUGGCUGCCAAUUUAAUAUUUCCAUUGCUUUUGCUUAUCCUGAAGAAGAACGUAAGUAUAUUUAUCGUGAGAUUGAGAUUCCUACAUGCCCUUCGCGGCAAAGACUCGUCUUGUUAUCUUUCCUAUUGCUUAUCCAUAUGUGGACAACUCGACGUGUCCAACAAGAAGCUUUUUUCGCCUACUAGAAGAUGCAUGAAAAAACCAAUUUCCCGGAGAACUCUGACUCGGUGAUUGUAGUGACUGCGAAGACGCUCAUCAAGAAAGGCAAAUAUAUAUUGAGUGAACUACCUCUACCGUGAGAAUAUACGGAAGAACAGACUGCCGUUGACUACGC